AUGGGUGAUAAUGUGCCGAAAUAUGCACCUUCUUCCAGCGGAAUUAAUGGACAGCCAUAUAUGGGUACAUCAGGUGCCUAUGUACCUUCGAUGCAGUAUGCUGGGGGGACCGAAUCACCUACGACAGUCCCUCCGCAACAACAGCAGAUGCAAUUUGUUCAAGGAUCUGUGCAACAUGGAAUAACCGCGGAAGAAGUUGCAAUUGCCAAACUGGAUAGUUCGAUAGCAAGCAUGGAAGAGCAGCAGAUGACUGCAGAUCCACGUUACGCGCAGAUGCUGUUGUUGAAGCAAAAAAUCAUAGGAACGCCAUCAACCGAAGUGAAGCAUCAUCAACCGAUGGACACAACAGUGAAAGAAUCGCAGGAAAAUACAUUUACAUCUGAGCAGCUGGAACAGCUGAAGGCACAGAUUGGCGCUUACAAACAGUUAGCAGCACAGGAACCGGUUGCAGCAACUCUUAUCGCGUCGUCUAUAUCGAAACCAUCUUCUUUGCUUCCUGAACCAUAUGAAUUUCCUGUUGAAACAGAAAAUGGGGAGAAGCUGCCGUACGAUUUGAUGAAAAUUCUGACGCUGCAUCAGCAACGCGCUAAUCGGAGUACAUGUCUUCCUCCUCCUCCCGGUGUCGAUCCACAGACAAUUCUAAAAGAGCGGGAAUACAGAAUACAGAAUAGAAUUGGAGCCCGAAUUCAAUGGCUGAGCAAUCUUCCUGCAAAUUUGAGUAAACGGUUAUUAUUAAAAGCGGAAAUUGAGCUUCGUGCUCUUCGUUUGCUGAAUCUACAAACGCAGGUACGAAAUGAAGUCUUAAGCCAGCUAAAAAAAGAUACAACACUUGAAACUGCGCUCAAUCCAUACGCAUAUCGUCGAACCAAACGGCAGUCUUUGCGUGAAGCACGAGUUACUGAAAAACUUGAAAAACAACAAAAAGUUGAGCAAGAGCGCCGUCGUCGUCAGAAGCACAAUGAUUUGUUGCAGGCAAUUCUCCAGCACGGGAAGGAAUUCAAGGAGUACCAUCGCAACAAUCAAGUCAAGCAAAGUAAAAUAAAGAAGGCUGUGUUAACUUAUCAUGCUAAUAGCGAAAAAGAGCGGAAGAAAGAUGAGCUGAGAAAUGAGCGAAUGCGUAUGCAAAAAUUAAUGCAAGAAGAUGAGGAAGGUUAUAGACAGUUACUGGAUGAAAAGAAAGACAAACGUUUGGUUUUUUUGUUGCAACAAACGGAUGAAUACGUAGAAAGCUUAACAGGACUUGUUAAACAACAUCAAGCAACGGAGAAACGAAGAAAACGUAAUGAGCGCCGUGAGCAGAAAGAGAAAGAGAAGAUGCAAGAAAAUGGUGAGUGUGAAGUACGAAUACGCAUAAGAGAUGCAACAACUGGUGAGAUAUUACCUCUGGAUGAAAUGCCGAAAUCAGAAGAUAUCGACGCUUGGAUUGAAGCGCACCCCGGACAUGAAGUGGUAUCGCGUGAGGAGUACUCAGACAGUGAAGAUUCAGAAUCAGAUGAACCAAUCUCGGAACCUAUUGAGCAAAAAAAAGAUGAUGAAUUUGAAGGUAUGGACGAGGAGACAAGAAAUCGUAAAAUUAUUGAGAAAGCUCGAAAUGAAGAAGAUGAAUAUGAUCAAAAAAACAGGCGUCAAAUGGAGUCUUACUACGCAACAGCACAUAAAGUCAAAGAAAAAAUUGUGACGCAGCAUUCGUCGUUAGGUGGUGGCAAUCCGGCUUUGCAGUUAAAGCCUUAUCAGUUAAAAGGGUUAGAAUGGAUGGUUUCCUUAUACAACAAUAAUCUUAAUGGUAUUCUCGCGGAUGAAAUGGGCCUGGGGAAAACAAUUCAGACGAUUGCAUUGGUUACAUAUUUAAUGGAAGUCAAGAAGUUAAAUGGACCAUAUUUAAUCAUCGUUCCUUUGUCGACUAUUGCGAACUGGAGUUUGGAACUUGAAAAAUGGGCCCCACAUGUUGUAAGCAUUGUUUACAAAGGAAAUAAAGAAGCGCGUAAAAAAUUAGAAGCUUCUAUUCGUCGUAACGCAUUUAACGUGCUGUUAACCACUUAUGAUUAUGUGCUGAAAGAGAAAGGUCUUUUAGGAAAGAUACGAUGGAAGUAUAUGAUCAUUGACGAAGGUCAUCGGAUGAAAAACCAUAAUUGCAAAUUAACCUUAGUUUUGAAUGGAUACUUCACUGCUCAACACCGUCUUCUCCUCACCGGAACUCCGUUGCAAAACAAAUUACCAGAGCUUUGGGCAUUAUUAAAUUUUCUUCUUCCAUCAAUCUUCAGCUCAUGUGGAACCUUUGAGCAAUGGUUUAAUGCUCCAUUUGCAACAACUGGUGAAAAAGUGGAGUUGAAUCAGGAGGAAACAAUGUUGAUCAUUAGGCGGUUGCACAAGGUGCUGCGCCCAUUUUUGUUGCGCCGUUUGAAGAAGGAGGUAGAAAGUCAGUUACCAGAAAAAACCGAAUAUGUUAUUAAAUGCGAUAUGAGUGCGCUACAAAGAAUUCUUUAUCAGCACAUGCAGAAGGGUCUACUUAUCGAUAGCAAGCAUGCCGGUGGGCGAGCGCUGAUGAACACAGUUGUUCAUCUUCGAAAACUUUGCAAUCACCCAUUUCUUUUUGAGAAUGUUGAAGAUGAAUGCCGUGAAUUCUGGAAAGUACCAGAUGUUUCAGGAAAAGACUUAUAUCGUGUAAGCGGUAAAUUUGAACUUUUGGAUCGUGUUUUACCGAAACUAAAAGCUUCUGGUCACCGCAUCCUUAUGUUCUGUCAAAUGACAUCACUUAUGACAAUCAUGGAAGAUUAUCUCAACUACAGAGAAUUUAAAUAUCUCCGACUUGAUGGUAGCACAAAACCAGAUGAAAGAGGUCAGCUGUUGGAAUUAUAUAACGCACCAAACAGCGAAUACUUUAUAUUUAUGUUAUCAACACGUGCCGGUGGUCUUGGUCUGAAUUUGCAGACUGCAGACACAGUAAUCAUUUUCGAUUCGGAUUGGAAUCCACAUCAAGAUAUGCAAGCGCAAGACCGAGCUCACCGUAUUGGCCAAUCUCGUGAAGUACGUGUUUUGCGAUUGGUUACCGUGAAUAGUAUCGAAGAAAAAAUUCUGGCAGCAGCUCGAUAUAAGUUGAAUGUAGAUGAGAAAGUAAUUCAAGCAGGGAAAUUUGAUCAACGUUCCACAGGCGCAGAACGCCGACAAAUGUUGGAACAAAUUAUCAGAGCAGAAAGUGAAGAUGACGAUGAAGAUGAAGUACCAGACGAUGAAACAAUCAAUCAAAUGGUUGCGCGGUCUGAAGAUGAGUUUGAUAUGUUCCAGAGAAUGGAUAUUGAACGUCGUCGUCAAGAAGCCACUGAGUGUCGUCGUAAACCUCGACUGAUUGAAGAUAGUGAGAUUCCGGAAGGUAUUGUAAAAGCUUCACAGCAUUUCAUUGAUGAGGAAAAGGAACCACAAAAAUCAAAGCUUGCAUUCGAACCGGUUGGACGCCGGCAACGGAAAGAAGUUGAUUAUUCACAGGAUUUGAUGUCGGAUCGUGAUUGGCUAAAAAGUAUCGAUGAGGAUGUAGAUGACGAUGAUGAAGACGACGAAGAAGAGAAGAAAAGAAAGAAGGGGAAGAAAGAUAGAGGAAGAAAGAGACGCCAAAUUGAUGACGACGAUGAUGAACCACCGAAGCGCAGAAAAGUUUCACCUGAGAUAACUUCACUUCUCAAUAAGCUGUACGAAGCUUUAAUAAAAUAUAAAACUAGUAGUGGAAAGGAAUUAGCGGCAGCUUUCGAACAGUUACCUUCACGAAGAGAGCUCCCAGACUAUUAUGAAAUCAUAGAGAAACCGAUGGAUCUUAACAAAGUGAGACGGAAAAUUAAGGAUGGCAAAUAUCAUAGUGUGCAAGAUAUGGGGAAUGAUAUCAGACUUUUGUGUAAUAAUGCAAGAAAGUAUAAUAUAGACGGUUCGGAAAUCUUUAACGAUUCGGUUUUGUUGGAAGUUUUGUGGACCAAAAUAUCCGGUGAUGAGCAACAGGCUACUACUUCAAAAUCUCUUGUCUCAGGAGAACCGAAGACCGAAAAGACUUCUUCAGAACCAAAGGACACUGGCAAAGAUCCAAACAAAGACAAUGGAAAGGAUUCAAAGGAAUCCACUGCAACAAGUUCACGAAGUAGUCCCAGUCUCGAAGACGACAAAGAUAGCGGUCGUCGGAAGAAAUCCCAUCCCGUUAAGCGCCCAAUUUCACCGGAUGACUGA